UAUCAUUCGAUUCGUCGAGUACAUGCGCGAGGACUGGACAUAGGAUCCGACGUACGGGACCGUCAGGUCUUUAGCCCUCGGAAUUAUCGAGCCAGAUGCUUACUUCAUCUGUCCCUGCUUGCCUGGGAUGCGACCUCUGGUGCGCGGGCUUUAUAGAAAGUUCGUGUCGACUAGAAAUAACGCUGAAGAGCCUCACGGCGACCCACGUCCACCCCCUCGGCCGAUGGGGCGUAAGGGUUAUGACUCCGCCGUCAGCGGCCCUUUUAGCAGCUACAGGACAUCGAUAUCGGCUCUCCAAAGACCGAACGAUCAUAGCGAGUGGGUUGAGAACCCAGCCGUUAUUCAGUUAGAUAAGACGAUUCAAGUGGACUAUUCUAAAACGCUCAAUUCUCCAGGGAAUAUGGUCUAAGCCUUGAAAACAUUUAUGUUGGUCAGAUUGGCCUUUAACAUGACAUGUACCUAGACU